GAAAAAACUCUAGGAAAAAAUUCAGUUUAUUUAUAUUCAGAGUCUUAAGGUGUAGUAAGUACGUGUGAGGUGGGAAGCAUGGAAGAGAGCUAAAUUCUCAUCUUCUAUACUAGGAAAUCAAGAUAUGAUACCUAAAACUGAAAAAUAUAAAAAGCGGCAAAGUAAGCAUUUGGUUAUGUGUUGUAGAUACUAAAUUAUCAGCCCAAAGACGUGAAAAGUAGAGUUAAAUGGAGGUAAAAUGGAGGCAGUUGCAUUGGACUAUAUUCCUUGUAGAACUUUUUAAUUCUGCACAUUUAGCUUUCAUAAAAGUAACACCACAACAUUGUUUUAAAUAACUGCAAAAACAAAAGCAACCUCAUACUCCAAAAACCCUAGAGUUUCCCAUUUGCUAUUCAAAUUAAACUUUGAGUUUGACUUCAUCUGUAAAAUCAGUUAUUAUAUGCAUUGAAAUAGAUUGUGAAUACAAAAGUGCUUGGACACUACAAGAGUUGUUUAACAACAAGAAUUUACAAUCCAAAAGUUAGGAAUCCUUAACAUUGAUUUAUUCCAUCAUGUUGUGUGUGUAGCAAGGAGCCGGGACACGACAAACAUUAUCACUGCGUGAAACCGGUGACCUUGCCUGAACUCACGUGUCCAGUCCCUGCUCCCGCUCUUACCUGUUCCAGGUGGCUAUCUACUCUUUGGCCUCUGGGACCAAACUUUUCUGAAUUCGGAUUCCGGCUUGUGCCACUUCUGGUUGCCUAACUUCAGACAAUGUUCUUAGCUUUUUGAAUCUCAGCUUCCCUACCAGGCAAUAAUAGUAAAGCCUCUCUUGCGAAACUGCUAUGACAAACACACGAGAAAUUAACAGAAAGUCCUUUGCUUUGGUGGGUAAGUAAUCACAGCUCCCAACUCCAGCGUCUGUCUUCCUGGGCGCGCGGAACACAGGAGACACCAGCAUAAUAGAGCUGCUAGGCGCGGGGAGGAUCCCGUCACCAUGGCAACCGGAGACGCCUCGCGUUCCCUGGCUGCCCGCGGCAGAACGGAGGCCAGCCGGCUGCAGGCCACGAAGACCCCGGCGGCAUGAGGGAGGAGGAGGCCGCGGCAGUCGUGACGGUGCCCCAGGCGGGCCGUGAUGGCGAGCAGCCCGGGCCUCCCGCAGCGCUCGGGGCGUGCGGAGAACUGGGCGGCGGCAGUCCCCAGGAGUCCCGCAAGCAGUGGAAGAAGUUUUUAUAUUGUGAACCACAUAAGAGAAUUAAGGAAGUACUCGAAGAAGAACUUUAUAUUAAAAGAGAUGAAUGCCACGUUAAACAUCCACCUGCAGUGGCCCUGGAAGGGAUUUGGAGCAUUAAAAGGAACCUCCCUGUGGGAGGCUUGAAGCCAGGACUGACGAGCAGGAGCAGCUUACUGCCACAAGCCAAGUACUAUUCAAGGCACGGAGGCCUGAGAAGAUAAGAUGAACAACUUUUCCAUUGAGAAGAAACUGCUUUCUCCUGAUGUCUGAAAAACAGAAGAAACCCAAGCUUGUUUCACAGUUUAGAUGUGUACAGGAAGCAUAUAUUAGCCUGUAAUUCCUAUUAUUGGUAUUAUUUCCUAUCUGUAAAUUAAUCCAAAGCAAUGAAAGACUAUUAGUAAAGUUUGCUAAGCACCUGAAAACAAUGAAGGAAAAUAUUAUAUUUAUUUUUAGUUGUCACAGUUAGAAUACAUUGGAUGUCUAAUUCAGCUUAUUUUAUUAAACAUGCCAAAUAUGAUAAGAAACAAAGGCAUUUUAUUGAGUCCUCAAGGUA